AUGCCCACACUCGAUCUGAGCAACUUCAACAUUGUCUGCGCGACCUUGGGAGGAUUCAUCUCUCUAUUCGGACUUGUAUCCUACCUGUGUAAGGAGCGAUUCUACUUGUCCGAAGCAUUAAUCUCCCUAUUGGCCGGAGUCCUAUUCUCCCCGCACGCCGCCAAUUUCAUCAGACCAGAAGACUAUGCACUUCACUCCGACCAGAACCUGGAGACAAUAACCCUGCAUUUCACGCGGCUCGUACUAGGCGUGCAACUAGUGCUAGCAGGAGUGCAACUCCCCAAACGCUACCUGCAAAUCGAAUGGCGAAGCCUAGCCCUCCUCCUCGGCCCAGGCAUGGUGGCCAUGUGGAUGUGCAGCAGUCUAGUAAUCUGGGCUCUGGUGCCGCACCUGCAAUUCCUGCAUGCAUUGAUCAUCGGCGCAUGCGUGACUCCCACCGACCCGGUUCUGUCCAAUUCGAUUGUCAAGGGCAAGUUUGCUGAUAAGCAUGUGCCGCGCGAAUUGCAGAGGAUUAUCAUUGCGGAAUCGGGUGCUAACGAUGGUCUUGGAUAUCCGUUUCUCUUCUUUGGUGUUUAUAUCCUGCAGUAUACGGGUAUGGCAAGAGAGGAAUUUACUGGUGGGGCGGGGAAGGCUAUGGCCCUGUGGUUUUAUGAGACUUGGGCGUAUACGAUUCUGCUGAGUGUUGUGUAUGGGACUGUUAUUGGGUGGAUUGCGAGGAAGUUGUUGCAUUGGGCUGAGGAGAAGAGAUAUGUUGAUCGGGAGAGUUUUUUGGUUUUUGCUAUUGCUCUUGCUCUCUUCAUCGUGGGUACAUGUGGCAUGAUCGGUACAGACGAUCUACUUGCAUGUUUCAUUGCCGGGAAUGUAUUCACACAGGAUGACUGGUUCCGCCUCGAAACAAUCGACGAUUCCCUCCAACCAACAAUCGACAUGCUCCUCAAUCUAUCAGUCUUCAUGUGGUUCGGCGCAGUCUGCCCAUGGUCAUCCUUCUUACACAACGACAUAAUCCCCAUCCACCGACUCAUCUUCCUAGGUAUCCUGAUCCUCAUCCUUCGCCGUCUACCCAUCGUUCUCGCCAUGCACAAAUGGAUUCAUCAAAUCGAGCUCCUCUCCCAGGCUGCAUUCGUUGGCUUCUUCGGUCCUAUCGGUGUUGGCGCUAUCUUUUACUUAUCCAUCACUCUUGAGACUCUGCGCAAGAUUAAAGUCAAUGAUCAAGUCCCGGAGGAUGUGGAAAAAGUUAUAGAUACUGUCCAGAUCGUUGUUUGGUUCUUGGUUAUUUGCAGUAUUGUGGUCCACGGCCUCUCCGUCCCACUGGGAAAAGCAGGCUACAACCUGCCCGCAACAAUUUCCAGCGUGAUCAGCACCAGCGCCGAAGAACAGAAAUCCAUCCCAAUUGGAAACAUCAACCACACGCACAGCACCGCCACCCCACUGACCACAGGCGAAGAUGCAAGUUAUCGAGGUCGCAAGCGUGGAUACCGAACUGGUGCUGCUGCUUGUCCGCCGCAGUCGGAGUCGUUGCAGCUUGGUGUUGGGCAAAUCGGUGAACCGGAUAGACCGGUUCAUUUGACGUUGACGCCGGUUGUUAGUGCUGAGGAUAAGUCUUAG